GUGUGCAAUUUCGGAGAUAGUAGUAGGUGUUCAGUGUUCUUCUCCAACAUCUUUUCAGUUUCUCAGUUUAACUAUCUUCUUUGUAUAGCUUCCUGAAUCCACCCUCAGUGUGUUAGGUUUUUCAUAGCGCUAUGGCUUUUUACGGAGCCGCCGCCAAUCGUCUUCGUAUUAAGCUUUCAGUUAUUGCUGCUACUUGUGGACGUCACUGUCACUAUUCUUCUUCUUCUGCUUCAGCUUCAGCUUCAGGCUCAGAGCAAGUGAAUCUAAAUCUGAUAAAGCAAUUGAGAGAAAGAACAAGCGCUCCUAUUAAAGACGUGAAAGCUGCUCUUGUUGAUUCCAAUUGGGACAUUGAUUUGGCUCACAAGGAACUCAGAAAGAGGGGAAUAGUUUUGGCUUCCAAAAAAUCCUCUCGUACCGCUUCUGAAGGUUUGCUUGCCCUAGCUCUUAACCAUUCCAAAGCUGCACUCAUUGAACUCAAUUGCGAAACUGAUUUUGUUGCCAGGAACGAUAUUUUUCAACACUUGGCAUUAUCUUUAGCUAAGCAAGCUUUGUUGCUUGAUAACUCUUCUCACCAGCUUUCUGCUCCUUUUCACGUUGGACCUCAAUCUUUUGAGGAGAUGAAGUUUAAUCUUGAACAUCCAAAGAUAAGUGGAGAAACAACCGUUCACAAUGCAAUCACUGAAGUGGCUGCAAUGAUGGGGGAGAAUAUUAGAUUAAGAAGAGGUUAUGUGAUGCCCGCGUCACCCCAGGGUCUUAUAUCUACAUAUCUCCAUACCAGUCCCCAACCAGGUUUAGGCCGCAUUGCUGGAAUUUUGUCUCUUGAAGUAAAUGAUGGUAAAACCCAAGUGGAUGCUCUUCAGCGUGUUGGAUCAGAAUUGGCCAUGCAUGUAGUGGCAGCGAAACCAUUAUUCUUAACAAGGGAACUUGUGCCUUCAGAUGCAUUAGAAAAUGAGCGUGAAAUUCUUAAAUCUCAGGCAGAAUCCUCCGGUAAGUCUCAGAUGGCCAUAGACAAAAUGGUUGAAGGACGUCUCCGCAAGUACUUUGAGGAAGUUGUGCUUAUGGAGCAAAAGUUUAUUAUGAAUGAUACUAUGAAUGUGAAGGCGGUGCUCGAUAAUCUAUCCAAGGAGAUCGGUUCAUCUGUGAAGGUUCUGAGCUUUCUCAGAAUGGAGGUUGGGGAAGGAAUUGGAAGGCAAGAAGCAGAUGCAUCUGAACCUGUUGCUCAGGCUGCCUAAUUUAAGGCGAUUCUGUCCAUUCAUGGAGGAAACUUCUGACAGCUCGGGUUUAUUUUUAAGACUUUUGCUCUCUAGCUGAUAAUAAACAGGUAUGUUUUGUUUAUUGAUCUGGGAAGUUCUGAGGUACAGGAUUCUGUCGAAAAUUUUGCUCCACAGUGGAAAACUUCAAUUAGACUGUUAUGGUGCACUCUCCCAAUCUAUAUAUGCAAAGCCCAAGAAAGAGAUAGUAGAAACACAUUGGCGUCGUUUCCAAAUUACUUGAGUUUUGUUCUAUCUUUUGUGAGUUCACAAAGUUUCUCGAUUUUAAUUUUACAAAGCUCACAAAUAAAUUGAUAUGUUGAGCUUCUCUUUAGGAUGAGCCAAACGGUUGUCUAAAAGCAGACGUAGCCUGAUUUAUCUUUGCU